AUGAUGCACUUAGACAAAGAACGUAUUGUAACUACUGGUAUUGCUGAUAUUGUACGAAAAGCAUUUAAACGUGGUUUAAAUCGUUUUAUAAAUCGUCAAACAUCCUAUGAUUCCGAUGUAUUUCGUUAUACUCAAGCAUCACAACGUGGUUAUGGAGGACUUUUUGCAGGUGAAUCAUGUCGUUUAUCACCUGUCAUAUGUUCAUAUGAUGAACAAUGUUGUUCAGGUCGAUGUUUAUGCCGUCGAUGGUUAACCAUGGGUGAAGAAAGAUAUUUAAUUAAAUAUCAACGUUUAUUAUUAUCGGAAUAUCAUCGUCAAAGUAAUCGAUAUUAUUAUAAAUUAUUUACAGAUAAGAAAACAUUGGAAAAUUAUGGAUAUUUUCUGUUACGUUCGAAUCCAAAUAUAUUUGUUAUAAAUGAAAAACGAAGUAAUCAAACAUUUAAUUUUCAUAAUGUACGUCAGAAUCAUUUACAACAUAUUAAUAAGCAUAAAAUAGACGUUGAAUUACAACCGAAACAGUCGAUUAUUUCAAAAUCUCUUGACACACCAAUCAUAACAUUACAUACAUGUUCAACAUUAAUUGCCACUGGACAUGGAAUAAUAUCUAAGAUAAUACCCGUAUUACAUAAUCCUGAACAAUUGAAUUAUAAGACAAUAGAUGAUGAAGAUAUAAGCUUAUCAAAGACAUGUAGACAGACGUCAAAUCGAAUUGUGCUUCGACGAUAUAUGAAUUCUAAAUCCUCGAAUAAUUAUUUAUUCACCACUUCAAAUAAAAGAACACAGGAAGAGUUAUAA